AUGCGAGCUGCUGCCACCAUCGCUCGAAGAGCUUUUCACAGUGCAGACCAGGUGAGCAAGAAUCCGGAGGAGGGUGGAAAAAUAAGGACCGCAAUAUCUCCUGCCUUGCAAAAAGCAGCUUGUGGAGGAACUGCACCGUCACCCGAUUUCAUUGAAGUGAUCCUGGGUUGGCAAGUGAGGCACAGCAUUCGAGGCUGCUUUCAUUCGUGGAUGGGGAAGAGAGAGGUGCGUAUUUGUGGUGGGAGAGUAGGUUCCAAUAUUGUGCCUUGCAUCAAACUAGUGAGAGAGCGAAACCUCCCAAUGUGUGCCUAUUGUAACAAUGACAAGCGUAGUAUCAUCGAAUAUGAGCGCAAACAAGAGCGGGUUUGGAAGGGAGCUACAAGGGUCUGGGUGGUGGGAGGUGAUGCCCAUCUCCAACUACUUUGGCUGAUCCCGUACCGAAUUGGUGCUAUUCCUCUUGUCUUCUGCCAAUUUGUUAUGCGGUCGCGUGGUUGUCUAGAGGAAGGCGGUGCGUACCACUUGGACAAGUGGUGUCGGAGAGAGGGGAAGCGGAGCGGGACGGGCCAGGAGAAGGUUGAUGAGGAGGCGGCACCACCUCUGCUCCUUAGCCUCCUUCUUCCGGCAUAUGCUACCACUUCUGCUGUCAUGCUUGAGUCCGAUUGCACGCCUCACUCCCACCUCUCUAUGCAUUCCAACACCGUUAACCAACCAGUGAAGGCUUUCCUCCCUCCACAUUGCCUUCAGAAACGAGAUUUGGGUUUCCGCCACCUCCUCUAUCAUUCAACACGCCAAAUGACAGUAGUGAUGCGCGUGAAUGCAUGCGAUGCCAAGCCAAUUACUACUGGCUGCGAAAUCGUCAACGCUGCAAAGAAUUGCUAA